AGUGCACCCAUCCCGAUUUAAAGGCUGCAACGUAGACUUCAACCUUUAAAUUCAAAGCUUCGACGACGACCUUGACAUUGACAGCAACAACGACUUUAAGCACGAUGACAAUCUAUUACUCGCUUACAUUCUUGCUCCUAGCAGCAGAAAUGGCAACAUUCUGCCUGCUCGUAUCCCCACUCCCUUUCACAGUCCGCAAAAAACUUUUCCAUUUUCUCUCUGAAAGCCCCAUCGUCGCCAAAGUCGCGUAUGGACUCAAGAUUUCCUUCAUCUUCGUGGGCAUUCUCUUCCUAGAUGCCCUCCAACGCAUGUUCCGUGUAACAGCCGAAACCGAAAUGGCAAAAACAGGCGGCCAGGGCAUGCACGACGUACGAACUGAGACCAAUUUCGCCGCUCGCAAGUUUUACGCUCAACGAAACACUUACCUAACUGGUUUCUGCCUCUUCCUCUCUUUGGUCCUCACCCGCACAUUUUCCAUCAUCUUGGACCUCAUCCACACGCAGGAGGAAUACGCCAAAUUGAAGAAAGUUGUUGGUGCUGGCGCCAAGGGUGACCAAUCCAAGCAAAUCGAAGAACUGAAGAAAAAAUUAGCCGCGAGUGAAGCGAAGGACCGUGACUUUGCAAACCUCAAAAAGCAGGCCGCACAACAGGCUGCUGAAGUUGAUCGGCUUGUGGGUAGGCACAAUGAGGCGACUGGGGCUGUUUCGGACAAGAAAUUGGACUAGAGGUCCUCUGUGUAAUUGUCAUGUGUACUGGCUUUCAUGUUCUUUCAGUUCUUGUUGACGAUCAGUUACCCAUCUUUGCCAUGGCAUUCCUAACAAUGUGUAGUAAGUAGCAAAUUCAGUGACAUGUAUUUGAAGGGUACAGUACCUUCUCUGAGAGAAUUAUGUCAACCACAAUAUUGUCC